UUGAGUUUUGUGAGACUGUAGUAUUGAUAAUAUUAUGAGUAAUAAUUGUGGUGCAGAUAUUCAUGGCAUCUAAUAUUCACUAGAAUCCUAGUUCUCUGUUUUCUUAGAUCUUAUUUUCAUCUUUCUCCUCAUACUCAGCCUUGUUCAGAUAGACCUGAGAGAAAUUGAAGGAAAGAUGCUCUGUUACCUUUUGCAAGGACAUAAAAACACCCUUCCUCUCUUUUCUGAGACAGAGGAGAGGCGUUCUAGACUCCUGAUAGUUUUUCCUGUGAAUAUUUGGUCCUAUAGUUUUGUGAGUAAAAGGUAUACAUUUGAGCAUUUGAUCACUCUGUUUCUCAUCCACUAGAAGAAGAGAAUGCUCAAGGAACUUAAAAAAAUAGUCCUGCUCAGAAGACUCCUUCCUGUUUUGAAGUAGGAAUUGUGAUUUGACCUGUCCUAUAGCCUUCUGUUUGGCAAGGAGUGAGUUAAAGGGGUGUCUCUGAACUGUUGUGUUUACCCACACCCUUCCUGCUCCUGAAGAACCACCCCUGGCCUGUUCAACUGGUUGCUUCCAUUUGCUGAUGGAGAGCCUGCCCCUGUCUCCUGGGUGAGCCUGAAAUCCAGGCCGCCGUGUGCAGUUUGUGGCCUCGGAGGUUACUUCUGUGGAAUGGAUUCUGUUCUGUAUUUCCCACCUGUUUUCAGUUUGUUACCCUUUCUAGAGGACUGAGCAAAACACAGCUUGUGUCUCUGAUUUGGGGGGCUACUUAUUUGGUGACCAUUUUAUUUUGUGCUUAGCUUUGGAAUCCUAGUCUCUGUGCGUUUUACCUUUCUAAUGGAUGGAGAUGGCAGACGGAGUGAGGAGGAAACCUGCAAAGAGGUAUUAUUACUCCUUUUCUGGUACCUGUCGGAAGGAUUCCGUGAAAGCGCUGAGGUUUUCUAGGUCAUUGAACCUCAAAAGAGCCACUUCAGGAGUCAGCAAAAGGCAGCUGGUAGCAGUGUUUGAUGAGCAAGAUCCACAUCAUGGAGGUGACGGCACCAGCGCCAGCUCCACAGGUACCCAGAGUCCAGAGAUAUUUGGCAGUGAGCUUGGCACCAACAAUGUUUCUGCCUUUCAGCCUUACCAAGCAACAAGUGAAAUUGAGGUCACACCCUCAGUCCUGCGUGCAAAUAUGCCUCUUCAUGUCCGCCGAAGCAGUGACCCCGCUUUAAUGGGCCUCUCCACUUCUGUCAGUGAUAACAACUUUUCCUCUGAAGAGCCUUCACGGAAAAACCCCACACGCUGGUCAACAACAGCCGGCUUCCUCAAGCAGAACACUGCCGGGAGCCCUAAAACCUGCGACAGGAAGAAAGAUGAAAACUACAGAAGCCUCCCACGGGAUACUGGUAACUGGUCUAACCAGUUUCAGAGAGACAAUGCUCGCUCAUCUCUGAGUGCCAGUCACCCACUGGUGGACAAGUGGCUGGAGAAGCAAGAACAGGAUGAGGAUGGGGGAGAAGAAGACAACGGCCGCGUUGAACCCGUUGGGCAUGCUGACACUGGUUUGGAGAACAUACCUAGCUUUUCUCUGGAUGAUAUGGUAAAGCUCGUACAAGUCCCCAACGAUGGAGGGCCUCUGGGAAUCCAUGUAGUGCCUUUCAGUGCUCGAGGCGGCAGAACCCUGGGGUUAUUAGUUAAACGAUUGGAGAAAGGUGGUAAAGCUGAACAAGAAAACCUUUUUCAUGAGAAUGAUUGCAUUGUCAGGAUUAAUGAUGGCGACCUUCGAAAUAGAAGAUUUGAACAAGCACAACAUAUGUUUCGCCAAGCCAUGCGUACACCCAUCAUUUGGUUCCAUGUGGUUCCUGCAGCAAAUAAAGAGCAGUAUGAACAACUAUCCCAAAGUGAGAAGAACAAUUACUAUUCAAGCCGCUUCAGCCCCAGCAGCCAGUAUAUUGAUAACAGGAGCAUGAGUAGCUCAGGGCUUCCGGCUCUGCAGAGGGCACCCAGACUGAACCCCCCGCCUGAGCAGACAGAUGCCCACCCACGACUGCUACCUCACAGCGCACACCCCGCUGCAAAGCCACCCUCAGCGCCAACUCCAGCGCCACAGAGUGUAUUUGGUACAAGUGUAAGCAGUGGUUACAACACCAAGAAAGUAGGCAAGAGGCUUAAUAUCCAGCUAAAGAAAGGUACAGAAGGUUUGGGGUUCAGCAUCACUUCUCGAGAUGUAACAAUAGGUGGCUCAGCUCCAAUUUAUGUGAAAAACAUCCUCCCGAGAGGGGCUGCCAUCCAAGAUGGGAGACUGAAGGCAGGGGAUAGACUUAUAGAGGUAAAUGGAGUAGAUUUAGCAGGCAAAUCCCAAGAGGAAGUUGUUUCCUUAUUGAGAAGUACCAAGAUGGAAGGGACUGUGAACCUUCUGGUCUUUCGCCAAGAAGAUGCCUUCCACCCAAGGGAACUGAACGCAGAGCCAAGCCAGAUGCAGAUUCCAAAAGAAACGAAAGCAGAUGAUGAGGAUAUUGUUCUCACACCUGAUGGCACCAGGGAAUUUCUGACGUUUGAAGUUCCACUUAACGAUUCAGGAUCAGCUGGUCUUGGCGUCAGUGUCAAAGGGAACCGAUCAAAAGAGAACCAUGCGGAUUUAGGAAUCUUUGUCAAGUCCAUUAUUAAUGGAGGAGCAGCAUCUAAAGAUGGAAGGCUUCGGGUUAAUGAUCAGCUGAUAGCAGUGAACGGAGAGUCUCUGCUGGGAAAGACAAAUCAGGAUGCCAUGGAGACCCUCCGAAGGUCCAUGUCCACAGAAGGGAACAGGCGAGGGAUGACCCAGCUCAUUGUCGCCAGACGAAUAAGCAAGUGCAGUGAGCUGAAGUCACCUGGGAGCCCCUCUGGACCUGAGCUGCCCAUUGAAACAGUGUUGGAUGAUCGAGAACGAAGAAUCUCCCAUUCCCUUUACAGUGGGAUUGAAGGGCUUGACGAAUCACCCACAAGAAAUACUGCCCUCAGUAGGAUAAUGGGUGAGUCAGGUAGAUACCAGCUGUCCCCCACAGUGAAUAUGCCCCAGGAUGACACCGUCAUGAUAGAAGAUGACAGGUUACCAGUGCUGCCGCCUCAUCUCUCUGAUCAGUCGUCUUCCAGCUCCCACGAUGACGUGGGACUCGUGACAGCAGAUGCUGGUGCCUGGGCUAAGGCUGCAGUCAGCGAUUCAGCAGACUGCACUUUGAGUCCAGAUGUUGAUCCAGUUCUUGCUUUUCAACGAGAAGGAUUUGGACGUCAGAGUAUGUCAGAAAAACGCACAAAGCAAUUUUCAGAUGCCACUCAAUUGGAUUUCGUUAAAACGCGAAAAUCAAAAAGCAUGGAUUUAGGUAUAGCUGACGAGACUAAACUCAAUACAGUGGAUGACCAGAAAGCAGGUUCCCCCAGCAGAGAUGUGGGGCCCGCCCUGGGUCUGAAGAAGUCCAGCUCGCUAGAGAGUCUGCAGACAGCAGUCGCUGAAGUGACUCUGAACGGGGAUAUUCCUUUCCAUCGCCCACGGCCACGGAUAAUCAGAGGAAGGGGCUGCAAUGAGAGCUUCAGGGCUGCCAUUGACAAGUCCUAUGACAAGCCUGUGGUAGAGGACGAUGAUGAAGGCAUGGAGACCUUGGAAGAAGACACAGAAGAAAGCUCAAGAUCAGGGAGAGAGUCGGUAUCUACAGCCAGCGACCAGCCUUCACAUUCUCUGGAGAGACAAAUGAAUGGAAACCAAGAGAGAGGCGAUAAGACUGAGAGGAGAAAGGAUAAAGCUGGGAAAGAGAAGAAGAAAGAGAGGGAGAAGGAGAAGGAUAAAAUGAAAGCUAAGAAAGGAAUGCUGAAGGGCUUGGGAGACAUGUUCAGGUUUGGCAAACAUCGAAAAGAUGACAAGAUUGAGAAAAUGGGUAAAAUAAAAAUGCAGGACUCCCUUACAUCAGAAGAGGAGAGAAUACGCAUGAAACAGGAGCAGGAGAGGAUUCAAGCCAAAACUCGAGAAUUUAGAGAGCGACAGGCUCGAGAACGGGACUAUGCUGAAAUCCAAGAUUUUCAUCGGACAUUUGGCUGUGAUGACGAGUUAAUGUAUGGGGGACUUUCUUCCUAUGAAGGCUCCAUGGCUCUCAACGCCAGACCCCAGAGCCCAAGAGAAGGACAUAUGAUGGAUGCCUUGUAUGCCCAGGUGAAGAAGCCACGGAAUUCCAAACCAUCACCUGUAGACAGCAACAGAUCAACUCCUAGCAACCAUGAUCGGAUACAGCGUCUACGGCAAGAAUUUCAGCAAGCAAAGCAGGAUGAGGAUGUAGAAGAUCGGCGACGUACCUAUAGCUUUGAACAGCCCUGGCCGAACUCCCGGCCGCAGGCGCAGAGCGGCAGGCACUCGGUGUCCGUGGAGGUGCAGAUGCAGCGCCAGCGGCAGGAGGAGCGCGAGAGCUUCCAGCAGGCCCAGCGCCAGUACAGCUCUCUGCCCCGGCAAAGCAGGAAAAACGCCAGUGCCAUCUCCCAGGAUUCGUGGGAGCAGAACUACUCCCCUGGGGAAGGCUUCCAGAGUGCGAAGGAGAGCCCCAGGUACUCCAGUUACCAAGGCUCCCGGAACGGCUACCUGGGGGGACAUGGCUUCAAUGCCAGGGUGAUGCUGGAGACUCAGGAGCUCCUGCGCCAGGAGCAGAGGCGGAAGGAGCAGCAGAUGAAGAAGCAGCCUCCUCCUCCCGAGGGGCUUAACAACUAUGACUCCUAUAAGAAAGGGCAGGACCCCAGUUACACGCCCACCAAGGGGCCCUUCCGGCAGGAUGUGCCCCCGUCUCCUUCUCAGGUGGCAAGGCUGAACAGACUCCAAACUCCCGAGAAAGGGAGACCCUUCUAUUCCUGAGCAGAAGAGCAGCGGCUUCACUGUCAUGCAAUAAAAGACAUUUUCCUUUGAAGAUGUGUAUCUGGGGAAUUUUUUUAAAACCUUGGUGGUACUACGGAGUAUUUCUGUUGUUGGUAUCAGUGCCUUUAAGCAGUGUGGGCAAAGAAAUGGAAGGCCUUAAUGUCUUUGCCACUGUGUUUCAAACGUCGAUUUCAUGGAAGGAUUUCCCACCACCUGACAAUCAUCGGUUCGAGGCAGUCACACAGUCUGCAUCUCUAUGGAGUACCAAGAAUCUUGGCCCAAUCGCCACACGUCCAUGGCUUUGUUUUAUGCCCCCUACAGUUUGUGGCGACUUAUUACCUUGAAGCUGAGACUAAUGUUGGUCCCUCUUUUUUCCCUUUUAAGUUUUUUUAGAUGUGAAAUAACAUCUCAGUCUCAGGUGGGUAUAAAUGGGUGACACACACCAGAAAUUGGGGCUUUACAGGACCUCUCAGCACAGUCAUUCAUGGUACUUUGCACUUGGUGUGGUAUUCCCUGCUCUUUCUAAGCUCCUGCUAACCGGACAGUUCCUUCAUCCUGUGAAAGGAGUUAAGCCAUAUGCCAACACUGUCUGGUUAUCAUGGGGGUCCUUUUGCAACUGCCUUAUAACUCACCAUUACCAAUAAAGUGAUCAUUUUAGUCUGCGUUUAUAAAUACACUUGUUCCGUCAUGCUCCUGACACGUGUGCUGAGUCACUACAGCUCUGAGUAGGGAACGUGGAAGACGGGAGUGACCUAGGGUUAGGGAGGGACCAUGCCUGCCCACCAGCCCUGUAUGUGUGUCAUGAUAUGGGAUGUGGUAGCCAAGAAAAUCAUUUUCCCAGGAUGAGCUUUUAGCCCAGUACAUCCCAGUAAUUAUUUUAAUCGGUUUUUGUUUGACAGGUUGGUUAGCAAGAAGGGUAUAGAGUGGGACAAAGAUGAAUCAGACAGUCAUUUUGGGAUUCUAAAAACGCAUCUGCUUCCUACGGCUCUUAAAGUCAGUUGGAAGUACCAUUUGUCUUGUGCAUCCACAUGCUUCAUCUCUGCCUGGUGAUACCAUCCACACUACUAAAUAAUUCUGCAGUGAAACAGAAGAGACAAAUAAGGGAAAAACCAUCACACAUCACACAGAGAACAUUCUGGUGUCCCCUAACGGUGGUAGCAAAUGAUUGCUCUCAUGUCAAUGUUUUAAUGUGUGUGGGGUCAUGAGGACCUCAGUUGCUCCUUCAAUUUCAUAUGUUGGUCUGAACAUCAUGUACUGUAAACCACAGCUAGGUUUUUUAAAGUGCCUGCAGAUCCUGAUGUGAUAAAAGCUUCAAAUAAAAGCUCAGUGAACCAUGUAUUAACAAAAAGAGAAAAAAAGACAUGUACUGAUAUGCCUGUUUUUUUUUUUUUACUGGCACAUUGUAUUUUUGUGUCCACUUGUUUCUAGAAAAUACAUGAAGUGUCCAUACAUGUACUUAUGUCUCUUUUGCAUUUCUGUGUAACAGUUCUGUGCAUUCAUACCAUGCGGUGAUGUCUAAGUGGUGUUCCCAGCUCAAGCUUGGUGACCUUGGAUGACAGUGGCUCUUUCUCACAGCCCUCUCUGGGUUGUGAGGAACAGCUUUUCCUGUACAUAGGAAACUCCUAAUAAAAGGCAUACUUCUUCCUGUU